AUUUUGUUUAUCUUACUUGUCUGAUAGUAUACUCGAGUUAUAUUUUUUAUUUAGCAUCCUUCAAAUUAACGUGUUAUUUUCAUUCCAAAACAUUUUUCAAUAAUGAAUAAGUGACUGCAAGUGUUUAAUUGUCAAAUAACUUAGACUAAUUACGCUCUACUGAACUUUGCUAUAUGUCUACUUACAUAUAUCUUUACACAGUAUAUUAUUCGCGGGUAAAUUUAAUUUAAACUUAGUUCAAAAUGUUAGGUAAAAGAAUGCACCAUAAUAGUAAAGUGAGAAUGGCUAGUAAGGGCCAUGAUAACGGAAAGCCGUCAAGUCCUGGUAUAUCUCCUUACAAUAAACCAGCGAAAAUACCUGGUUCGGUUUCUGUUGGAAAAACGAAAGUUGAUGUAUGUCCUAUACCAUAUAUCAAAAUACAAGAUAAUGCAACAAGUUUACCACGCUUCACAGCUAUUGCUACAAGAUCUGCAGAUGAAACUAUUGGAAUGGAUGAGCUUGAUGCGCUACAACUAGAAUUGGAAUCACUUUUGUGUAAUACAGCUCUCCGCAUAAGAUACUUUCAAUCAGAAAUAGAAAGUAUUGACACAAAUGAAUCUAAAAGAGAAAAGAAAGGAAAAGCUGCUGGUAAACAAUUGCAAUAUCCUGUAAAGCGAAAAUUUUUAGAGGAUAAACUAUUAAAAACCAAAGACUAUACUAAGUUAUCAAAUCAGCCCAAAGUGCCUAAGUUCAAAAAUUUCUCAAAUGCAUCCAGUGCUUCUCAUAAUUAUCCUAAUGAUCAUGGAGUAAACUCUGACAAUUCGGUAAAACUAGAGUUAUCACAGUUUGCUUUACCAAAGAAUAAUAUACCAUAUAAAUUUUGGAGUUCUGUGGAACCAUACUGUGCACCAAUUACAUUGGAUGAUAUAAAAUUUUUGGAAUCACUAUUGGGGCAGAGCAGUAAUACAACUUUACCUCCUAUACCACCACUUGGUAAACAUUACUCUGAGGUAUGGGCUGAUGAGCAUUUAGCAGAGGAUCAAAAUGCUUCUAAUACUAAUAAACAGAAAACUGGCAUGUCACCAGAUGCUUCAAGUUUGCGUAAAAAGUUAGAAAAAACAAGUGAUAACAUGAUUACAGGUCCUUUAACACAAAGAUUAGUAUCAGCAUUAAUGGAAGAAAAUGUUAUGCCUUAUGAAGUACCAGAUAUAAAAGUUAAGCAAGCUGCUACUACAAAAAAUAGUUACAAAAAUUCAUUGACCCUAGAAAAAUGUUUGAGAAAAGAAUUAGUUGAGCAAGGUAUUUUGGAUCUAGAAGACUUGCCACCCCUAACAAAUCCAGCUGAUGAUGAAAUACUGGCAGAAAUCAAGAAAUGUCAGACUGAACUUACUGCUGUGAGAAAAGACAACUGCCGUAAUCUUAAAAGUCUAAUUACAUUAUGUAAACAAGAGAUGAUUAGACUAAAUUUGAAGAAACAAUUGGAUCAGGUGGAUAUGGAAUGUAUUGAUAUUUACAAAAAAAUGGUAGCUGCAAAGCAGAAGAAGCGUGUUGUCACAAAAAAAGAAAAGGAAGAUGCAUGGAAAGUAAUCAAUGAACAAAUCAGGCUUAAUAAAGAAAUUAAUGCAUUACCUUUAACUGGACCAAAUUCAAGUUAAUUUUAGUUAUAUUAAUUUUAUGAAAUCUAUGAAAUGUCAUUAUAAAUAUUUGUUAUGUUACUUUUCUAUUUAAUAUUCUGAGCAAAGCAAUUAUCAUAUUUUUUAAAACAAGUUCAUUUCAGUGCAGACAUUUUUCUUGAUUCUAUGUAGACUCUUUAUAGCACACUGUGUAGCAAUUUUAGGAGUGGUUUUAACUUGUAUAAGAGAACUAAUUUUCAUUAUAAUUUUGUAACCAUCAAAAUCAGUAAUCUCUCAUUAAAUGUAUAUAGAAUAAGUAUGCUUAUUAUAUAAAUAUAUUGAAUUGGUAGGUCAUGAAAUGUUAACAUAUUCAAUUUCUAAUUCAUGAAAAACCAGUCUUGACAAAUAAGAGAACAUUUAAUCAACGUAAGUGUCACCAUUGCUUUUAGAUAUUUUCUCCAACCAAGGAAAUAUUUUAGUUCUAAUUUUUUUAAUUAUUAAAACACAUUCUAGAGCUUUAUGAGUUUUAUUACUUAAACAUGGAAAUAGGUCUUCAAACUAAAAGACUGAAAGAGGUACCUAUUUUAUUUAAAUUUUGUAGUAGUGUUUGCCUAUCUCAAAUUAUUUAACGUCAUACAUGCAAAAUUAAUGCUUGUAUUUAGCUCUGUCCUCAUGCAUUAUUGUCAGCUUUGAC